AUGUCUAAAAAUAUCAAUGAUAAUUUACAUCUCAGUGACUGCUAAUAGCCACUUUUAGAAUUUGACACUCAAAAUAAAGCAGAGUAAAAAUUUAUAUUCAACAACGUAAAUUUUACUCUGCCUUGGAAUGUUUAAGAAGAAGGCGUUAUAAAAAUGAUAGAGUCAUUUAAAGUAUCUCCAAUUAAGAUGAUCGUUUUCUAUUUUUUAAAUUUUUUAACUUUUGGAGUGAUCUAUCUAUUUACUAGAUGGUAGGUUACACUUAGAAUUAAGUUAUAAAUGGAGCCAUGUAUUCCUAAUGAGGCAGAAUUCUUGUUAAUUACUUCAGAUGAUGAAACGUAGAGUUUAGAAAAAAUAAUGAUUUAAUAAAUGGGAUUUAAUGGAAUAGAUUCUAUUUAAACAUACAAAACCUUCACAUAUAGGUUAUAUAAGUUCUACUUUAAUGAGAACAAAUAUAAUCCUAUCCAGAUCGACUUAACAAGGCUAUCUAAUAGAUAAAUCAUAGACUCAUAUGGUAAAGGGUUAAGAGAUGAAAACACCUUUUCUUAAUAGGUAUCAAUAUAUGGAUUAAAUAAUACUGAAAUACCUCAAAAACCUACCAUUAAAAUAUUGAUUUACGAAGUACUUUCUCCUUUUUACAUGUUUCAACUUUUUAGUUUUUUGCUUUGGAUGAUCUUACCUUACUAUUUCUAUGCUUCUAUUAUUUUAAUUACCUCUGUUGUAUCAGCUAUAGUCACUCUAAACGAAGCAAAAUCUAACUAUAAAAAAUUAUAAGAAAUGAGCUACUUCGAAACGCCAGUAUUUUCUUAUAGAUAUUUGCCAGAUAAAAUUAAAAUUGAAAAUGGGGAACUUAAAUUAUGUGAGAAUAUAAUAAGUCAUAGAAAGUAAAUAAGCUCUUUGCACUUAGUUCCUGGCGAUAUUAUAGAAAUAUAGGAUGGAUAAACAAUACCUUGUGAUAUUAUUUUGCUUAAUGGGUAGUGUAUUAUGAAUGAAUCUAUGCUUACUGGUGAAUCAAUUCCAAUUGUUAAGCAGAGCUUACCUUAUAAUGAAAAUAGAUACGAUUACUUGAAUGAUGGAAAAUAAUCUACUUUGUUUGCUGGAACAAAGUGCAUAGAAACAAGAAUACAUCUAAAAGGAAAAAUUCCAGUUAUUGGAUUGGUCAGUCAGACCAGUUUUAACACUUUAAAGGGAUAGCUUGUACGAUCUAUUUUAUAUCCAAAACAAAAUUCUUUUUCAUUUUAUACUGAUUCGAUGAGAUUUAUUGCUGUUAUGGCAGCUAUGUCUCUUUUGGGUUUUUUUGUUUCUCUACCAGACUGGAUUGAGGGUAUUAAUGAGGGUUUUGUUACUUAUACAGAAAUGUUCCUUGAGUGUUUGGAUCUGGUUACUGUCACAGUCCCGCCAGCUCUUCCUACUUGCCUUUCUAUUGGUAUUUCUUUUGCGAUGUCUCGUCUCAAAAAAUAAUAAAUCUUCUGCAUAUCUCCUCCCAAAGUUAAUAUUUGUGGCAAAGUUACUGUCAUGUGCUUUGAUAAAACUGGAACAUUAACAGAAGAAGGUCUAGAUAUGUAUGGAGUAAGAAGUAUAAGAUAUACUUAAGGCAGGAAGGUAAAGUUUAACAAGCUAACUGAGGAUAUUCAAGGGAUGGGAUUAUAAGAAAUUUAAAGCAAAUCUCUAAACUAAAUUCAAAAAACUCAGCUUUAUGGAAAUAAAAAUCCUUUUAUUUAUUUAGAAGAUCCAGAUGUAGUCUUUAAGGAAUGUAUGGCAAGUUGUCAUAGUAUAACAAGGGUAAAUAAUUAAAUAAUUGGAGAUCCUUUAGAGAUUAAGAUGUUUGAAGCCACAAAAUGGAUACUUUUAGAAGAAAACAUUUCUUAAAACUAUGAAUUUAAAAUGUAAGCUCUAGUAAAAGACAACGAAGGCCAUUCUCAAUUGGCUAUAAUAAAAAGAUUUGAGUUCUCUUCAAAACUCUAAAGAAUGAGCUCAAUAGUUAAGAAAAUAGGUAAUAAUUAACCCUUUUAUCGUCUUCAUGUUAAAGGAUCCCCAGAGAAAAUUCAUGAUUUAUCAAACCCUGAAACCAUUCCAGAUAACUAUCAUGAGGUUUUAGAUUUUUAUGCAAGAAAAGGUUUUAGAAUAAUUUCAUUUGCUAUUAAAAACUUGGAUAUGAGGAUCGAAGAUGUAUACAAAUGUGAAAGAGAUCAAAUUGAAAACUAAUUAACAUUUGUUGGGAUGCUGAUAAUGGAAAACAAGUUAAAGCCUGAGACGAAAGGAAUUAUUAAUGAUUUAAAUAAUGCAAAUAUUCGCACGAUUAUGGUUACAGGAGACAAUUCUCUUACAGCUAUUUCUGUAGCUAGGCAGUGUUUAAUAGUUAAUAAUUCAACUAGAGUAUAUUUUGGUGAUAUUGAUGAGGAAAAUCAUCAUGAAAGUGAAAUUGUUUGGAAGGACUUUGAACACUCAGAUAAAUACCUUGAUGAAGAAAAUUUAUAACCAAUUGAUGGGAUUGCAGACUACAUAGAAGAUGGUAUUUAAGAGAUUUAAGAAGAAAAAAUACUGUUUAACAUUUUGGAAUAGAGCAAUUAAUAAUGUUUAACUUCAAAACCUUUAUAACUAAAUAAGACUAUUAAGGAAUAAAUAGAUAUGAUAAGAAAAUCAAUAUAAAGUAACACAGAUAACUCUUCUACUAAUUUUAUAAGAUAAAACUCUGUAACUUAGAAGUAUGCAGAUACUAAUUUCAAAGAUCAAAUUUAAGAAUUUGAAGAAAGUUAACUUCAAUACCCUUGGCUAAAUGACGAUCACUUUGUAUUAGCUGUAACUGGAAGAGCCUUCUCAAAAAUAAUUUCUGAAUCUAAACAGAGUCAUGCUAAGUAGAAUCUAGCAGAAAUUAUGCUUUAAAAAACUUAGAUAUAUGCCAGAAUGAGGCCAGAAGAAAAGACAUUGUUAUUAUAAUCAUUAUAAGAGCUACCUUCAAAACCUGUAUGUGGGAUGUGUGGAGAUGGAGCAAAUGACUGUGGUGCUCUAAAGACAGCAGAUGUGGGAAUUUCUUUAUCAGAAGCAGAAGCCUCAAUAGCAGCCCCUUUUACUUCUAAAGUACAGAAUAUAUCUUGCGUUGUUCAUCUUUUAAAAGAGGGAAGAGCAGCACUUGUAACCAGCUUUUCUUGCUUCAAAUUUAUGGCUUUAUAUUCUGCAAUUUAAUUCUUUACUACCACUUUACUCUAUACUGUCUAAUCAAUACCCAGUGAUACAUAACUCCUUUAUUGGGAUGUUGCUGUUAUCCUGCCUCUUGCUUUUUUUAUGGGACUUACAGACUCUUGUGAUAAUCUAUCUAAAUAAGUACCUGGAUCUAGUCUUGUUUCAUUUUAAGUUCUUUCAUCAGUUAUUGGAUAAACUGUUUUAAAUGGAGCUUUUUAAGCUUACAUGUUUUUACAUCUGAAAAAAUAACCUUGGUACUUGUCAGUUAAAGAUGCUCACACUUAUCUUGGCGAUCUAGAAGAUCUAGAUGAAAGGAAAAAUUGCUUUGAAUCAACAACUCUCUUUCUGUUCAGCAGCUAUCAAUAUAUAGCUACUUGUUUAGCUUUUUCCAUAGGAAAACCUUUUAAAAAACCAUUCUAUACAAAUACUUGGUUUACCAUUUCAGUCAUUGCAAUACUUAUAUUUUCGUUGUACGUUCAUUUGUUCUCUGGUCAAUUCUUAUAAUAGUUUUUAAAUAUUUUUUUGACGGUUCAAAGAGAAGAUGAAGAAAAACCCUUAACAGUAAUGCCUAAUUCUUGGCUUUAUUUUAUAUUAUUUGUUGCUGGAAUAAAUUUUAUUUGCUGCUUUAUUUAUGAGGAAGUAAUAGUUAAAUUACUGUGCUGGGUAUAUAAUAAAUGCAAACUCAUAUAUUUAAAUAAAUGA